AUCGUGCUAUAGCAUUCAAAAUUCCUACCGCCUGAUGGUUAGUUUGAUCAUGCAAGAUCAUGCAUUGAGCUCUGUCCGGUGUGUCAAACUCUCAAGUCAUAACAUAACAUAACAAGGUUAUAUUUAUUGAUUAUUAUUUUCCCAUAAUUAUUCCAUUACUUUUAAGAAUUCGGAUUAUACCAUUGUUGGAAUAACAUAAUUAGACACUUAUUAAGGUGUAAAUGUAAUGUAAGAGUCAUGGUUUUUAGCACAACCACUGAUAUGACUGAAUCUAUAUAUCAUGAACGACAGGUUAAGGAAUUAUGUGCUUUACAUGCUUUGAACAAUUUAUUUCAAGAACGUGGCUUCAGCAAACAAGAACUAGACCAAAUUUGUUACAGUUUAAGUCCAGAUGUAUGGAUAAAUCCUCACAAAUCUUUACUAGGUCUUGGAAAUUAUGACAUUAACGUUAUUAUGGCAGCCUUACAAACAAGAGGCUGUGAAGCUGUUUGGUUUGAUAAGCGCAGAGAUCCAACAUGUUUGUGUCUUAAAAACAUACAAGGUUUUAUAUUGAAUGUUCCAACGGAAUAUAAAUUGGGAUUUGUAUUACUGCCAUUAAAACGACGCCAUUGGGUUGCACUUCGAAAAAUUCAUGGUGCUUUCUACAAUUUAGACUCCAAGUUAGAUGCUCCUCAACUCAUUGGAAAGGAUUCUGAAUUACUAGCUUACUUAAAAGACCAAAUAGACAGUAAUGAAAAAGAAUUAUUCUUGGUUGUUUCAAGAGAAGUGGACAAUAAUCAAGGUUGGUUAUGUGAGGCACAACAAACCAAGGAAUGCUCGGAAGUUGAUAGGCAUUCCAUUACGUAUAUAGAAGACGGAUUUCCUUCUAACAAUGAUUUAAAAAAGUCAAUUCCCGAAGUUAUUUUGAAUGAAAAUGAACACUUUCAAAAUAACCAAAUUUCUAGGUAGUUCUAAUGAAUUGGUUUUUCUUUUUUAUAAAUAAACUCCGGUGAAAAUGACAGUAAUAUUAUAAUGACAAUAUCGCGAAGAAUUUAACAAGUUAAAUGUACGGACAUGGCGAGCAAAAUGUCGCACAAAAUCAUCAGGCAAGGUGUUAGUGGAUAAAAUAUACUGAUAUUUAUUGUGUCGAUAUAAUCGCAUCUGUUAAAAGUAAUGAUAUAAGAUAUCAAAAUUUGCAAAUACAAAAUGAUUAAGUCGAUAUAACCCAACACAAACAUUUUCGUUUUCGCUGCUUCUGGUCAAAAUAAACGAAGGUCCAGUUUUGUUUUACGCUAAUGUGAAUAUUAAAUUAUGAAUUUUUGUAUCUCAAAUAGUAAUAAGUAGGACAGAACUGUAACAAUCACUUUUUGCAAUGUCUAGACAAAUAACCUCCCAAACCACGCAAUUUUUCUGCGCGUCUAUUUAUAUGUAUAUGUAACGGAAGAAAAGAAAAAUUUAAUGUUUACUUCAGUUUCUAGACGCAAUUAAGGCGUUAAGCAUAAUGCUUGGUAUAAAGCAAAUCGACUGAGUCCAGGUAAAUAGAAAAAUAAGCAUUUUCCACAUAUGUAUUGGCCUGUUUGACGGUGUUUAUCUGAAUAUUGAGGAAUUUAUCUAAGCAUAUUAUUUUUCUUUUCCCCUACAUGUAUGUAGCAAAAACCAGAAGUUAACAAAACGCUGACAUUUAAUAAAUACAUAUGGGAAAAUUUCGUGACCUAAGGUCAAAUUGCUUACUGAGACAUUUGUGUCAUAAAAAGCCUCUACAUUGUCAAUCUGAACUGAACUUCAAUUCGAAAGUUUGCUCUUUUUAUCCCUGUAUAGUCGAUCUUAAAGAAGUUAUUUAAAGUUACCACUUUUAUUUUAAAUUUUAAUGAUGUUAGGAAGCUAUUUUUUUUUGCAUCAUUUGAGUCCUGAAAACAUACAGGAUGGUUAAAAAAACAAAAUUUUAAUUUUUGCCUAUUUUAGAAUUUUUACUUUUUGAAAAAAUUAAAAUUUUUAAAAAUCCAUACGAUGAUUCUUAAGAAUCGUUAAAUAAGGCGUGGAAAAAAAUUGGCGAUGAAAAAUAGUCGAAAUUUUAAAAGAAGUUAGAUAUUUAAAAUAUUAAUUUUUUAAAGACUUUAAUUUCUACAAUGUUCAAAAAUAAAAAUUUUUUUUUUACCAUCCUGUAUGUUUUUAGAACGCAAAUGAUGCAAAAAAAAUAACUUCUUGCGAAUAUUAAAAUUUAAAAAACUCAAAAUAAAGGUGGUGACUCCCCUAAAGGAUCUAAGUCCUCAAUUGCCAUUUUAAGAAACACAUAGAAAGAAGUAUUUCUUUUCUUGAUUAUUUUUAAAACAAAAUGUCAUAAUUUCGUGAGAUUUUCCCACAAUAUGACCCACCACGGUGAAAGGAACCUUAGCUACAAAAAGGUUAUUUUACAGGGAAGACUUUUAAAGAAGGGCAAUUAAAUUAGUUGUUGAAUUAUUCAAUUAAUAUUAACACAAAAAAUAAUUGACAAACCAUUUUUUGACUAUUUUAUGUGAAAGCAACUCAAACUCUAUUGAUUCAUGUAAAAAAGUCAAAAUUCAUAUUUUUUCAACUAAUGACCCUUUCACCGAAGAGCGUAAUAUAUUAUAUUAAAAUGGGUCCCAACAGUCAGACAACUACCUAUUCACUUUGCUUAAUAUUUAAGGCGUUUUAAAAAACUAAGAAAAUAUAUUCAAAGUCUCAAUCUUUAAUAUUAUUUAAUAAAUUAUUUUUUCGAUUUUUUGAAAGUAGAAAAUAAUUUAUUAAAUAAUUGUGGAAGAAUUUACUAAAUAUUAAUUUAAUAUUAUUUCAUUAAAAAAUUCAAUAAUUGUUAUCAAAUACAAAAUAAAAUAGCACUUACUACAAUUUUUCUUUGAUUCAUUCAAAGAAUAUUGUUAUCGUUUCUUUAAAUCAUAGCAAUAGAGUAUUCGGAUGAUGAUAAAAAAUGUAAGUAAAAAAAUUAUUAAUAAUGCUUUUGUCAGUUCGUCACUUUUAAUAGUCUAUUUUAACGCCAUGAAGUUAAACAAACUGUCUAGAGAAGUAACUAACUGAAUUUUAGAACACAUUUUGCUAAAUGACCGCUCUUUACUAACUGCCAAUUUGUGCUGACUACCUACGACAUAUAAUAUAUUAAUUUUAAGUGUGUACAAUAAUAAAUAUUUAUUUUAUAUGAACUCACUCAAUUCGAACCUGUAAACGUAAAGUAUUAUUGAUGAUAAAGAUUGCUUUCUCAUUGAGGAAGCACUAUAAUACUGUGAAUUUAAAUUUCCUAUUUUUUUACUUGUUUUUUAAUUUCAAGCAUUCGAAAACUACAGUUUUAGAACUGAUGGUUUUCACGCGCGUAUGAAUGCUUUCAAAUUAGAGUUAUAGACAUUUUUUCACUUUGUGGUAUUAAAUUUUUUCACUUUUACAUAGAUUCUAAUAUUUCAUUGAUAAUGCGACUUUUUGGGAAAUUUUGUUCAUAACCUAAUAUCUUUUAAAGAAAUGGAUGAAAAUGAAUAUUUCUUGAACAAAAAUGAAGCUUAAUAAAUGCAGAAUAAAGGAAAAUAUAGUGAAAUAUGGUCAGUAGUUUUAGAGCCCGAUAUGCAAAUCUAAAGUCUACUAUCUUAUUUUUCGAAUAAAUCACAAAUUUUAGUUAAAAGAGGAGAAAAAUUAUCUAAUUUUUAUAAUAUAGUUCAUUUAAGGAUUAAGGGUUUUUGGGUCUCUAAGAUCCUAAGUUUCAUAAUAAUACACCAACUUUUAAAAAGUUGACCGACUUACAUUGGGUCCGCCAUUUUGAAUUUUACAAAUCUGUUUGCGGAUUCGUAAUCAUUGAUUCAAAAAUACCUAAUCUAUAAUUCUUUUAAGAGAUAUUAAACGGUGCGCCAGAAGGAGGUUUAAAUAAAAAUGAGUUGGCACUUAAAAAUUCUUUUUGAUUAUGGUUCUUAGAUGAAUAAAAAACAUUUCUCAAUAGGUUUGAAAAUCAGCUUACGUGCCCAAUUUAAAAAAAAUUGAAUUUUAAAUAUUUAAAAAUAGUGUUUUAUGAGAAACCAGAAUUUAUUUAAUGUAUACUUAUAUGCGUAUAGAUAAUAGAUGUUUUAGAUUUGGGUUCAUAUAAAUUUAUUAACAUUGAAGUUAUUUUCUUGUUUCGUUUUUAUAUUUAUGCAUUAAGAGUGUCGAACGGUAUCUGACAUUCUUUGGCAAGAAGAGAGCUUUAAUUAUCGCUCUGAACGUGAAAUAGUAUUGAUUUUAAAAUACUUUUUUCUCGAAACACGAACACUUUUAACAAAAUCAGCCAAAAUCCUCAUCUUAUAAAUUUCCUAAAUCCAAAAGACUGUACGAAUCCAUAGAAAAACAUAGUUGCAAAACAAAAAGUAGAAAAGAAAUCUAAUAACAGCUGCACUUUGUGCGCCCUGCAUGCUGCUGUUAUCUAACGGCGGCAGGAGGUAAUGAACCUGUCAUUAUAUUACUUUUGCUUCCUCGUGGAGGAAGCUUUGUAGUCCUUUCGUUUAUAAAAUUUUCAAAAAUGGUGAAAAAAAUGUUCCUCUAUAUAGAAACAUGUUAUAUGAGAUCCUGCUCAAUUGUUCGGAUGUAUGUAUGUGUAUGUGUGUAUGUGUGAGUGAUUCAAGUUAAUACAUAAUAUAAUUGUAUUUUUUGCAUUGAAACGAAUCGAUUUGCAUAUAUAGAGUAUAUGUUACACCCAAAAUUAAUUAAAAUUUUCUUAAUUUUUUCAAAAAAUUUAAGAAAUUUAAAACAGUUUUCAACUUGAAAUGUUUUAAAUCAAUAAAUUGAAUUGGAGAAAUUCAUUGCUUCACACAAUAAGGAAGCUAAAUGUUUUUGAAAUAAAUAUAAAGGACCCCCUCCUUGUUCGUUUUGCAAUCGUGUUUUUGUAUGGAUUCGCAUAAUCUUUCGGAUUUAGGAAAUUUAUCUAAGAUAAGGAUCUCUAGCUGCUUUAGUUUACGUUUUCGUAUUUUCACGUUUAGUGCCGUUUUUAUAGGGCGAUAACACAGGCAUACAAAAGAAAAAAAAUUUCAAUUGACAGGACUGCCAUAUGGUAGAUUUUCUUCCUUAAGGUGUAUCUACAGAGAAAAACGUAGUCCUAACUAAAAGUUAGUUCGUGUUUUCUUUUUACAGGCAUGGUGGGAAGGGGGGGGGGGUGUGAUUUUUGAGAAAUUGAUUUCUAUGGGAAUUUACUCAAUUUCUAUAUCUAAAACUGAAUUUUUGCUUCUUCUGAAUGUUGAUUUGGAUUCAGUGACUUUAAUUACAUAAAAAUUGGAUAUAUAAAAAAAAUUUUAAAUGGCGGAUCUAAAAGGGUGUAUUUUUUCAAAAAAUUUCUCGGAUUUCUUUGAAACUUGCUACUCGGGGGUUUUUGGGGUCGUUGAUUACAAAUAUGAUGUUAAUUUAUAAAAAUUCAAAAUGGCGGAUCCAAUAUGGCGGUAAAAAUAAUUUUCAAAUGAAUAAAAUCGAUUGAAACUUCUUACUCGGUGGGGUUCUUCGAGGUCUUAAAAAUUAUUUAAAAAUUUUGUAAAUAAUAAUAAAAUCUCUAUGGGAAAGCAAAGUGUUCAUGUAAUUAAUAGAAAAUAUGCCGAAAAAGUGUAAUUCUAAAUUUAAGAAUAUUUCCCUUGCAUUUUAUUCUUAAAUUUUGAUUAAAAUACACUUAAAAUAAGAUAGAAUUUUUAAAUUAAGAAGUAGUUCUUAAUUUAGCAAUUCUUUUUUAUUUUAAGAGUAUUAUAUUUUAAAUUUAAGAAUAAAAUGCAUGAGAAAUAUUUUUAAAUAUACGCCAGGAAGAUAUUUUCAAACUUAGAGUUUUGUUUUUUUGGUGUAUUCAUAUUUCAGCUUGCCAGUGGUUUUUAUUAUUAUCAAAUAGAUUUGUUAAUUAGAUUUAUUUGUAUAUUAUGUAGAGAAUAAUAGUUCAUUCUGCAAAAUAAAUUUACUUCCUAGAUGGAUAGUAUUGAUUAUUGUUAUGUACGAUAUAUUUGACAUUUUAUUUAUUAUUUUUUUAAGAUAUUUUAAAGAGACUUUUUAGAGCAGAUAUUGUCAGCUCAUAUUAAGGAAUUGACGUGAAAUGGAUUAAUUUGUUUAAAAUAUACAUAGAUGUAAUUGUUAUAGAUAAAUACUGAAACCAAAGUCUUUUUAAAUUUUAAAUGGUUGUUAAGGCAGAAUAAAAACUUUUUUUUGUAUUUUUCAGAUGGUAUUGAACAUUUUAUUUAUGUUUCUUAUAAAAUAAUUUAUUUAUAAAUCAUCCAUCCUUGAUUAAAAUUCCACAAUUAAUACGAAACGUGUAUUUAUAUCCGCCCACAUAGCACCGAACAUUUAAUAAAUAUUUAUUUUCAAUGUUCGCAGUAUUCAGAAUAAAGGUUAAGUAAAGCUUCUGUAAAUAUUUAAAUGUCCGCACUUCAGCAAAUGUUUAGCGCAAACCUUGAGUAAAGCUUGAAAUUAAAUAUUCGUUAAAGGUUCGGCUCGAAACUUGAGUAAAGCUUUAAAUUAAAUAUGCGUUAAAGGUUCAGCUCGAACCUUGAUUGAAGCUUGAAAAAAAUAUUCGUUAAAUGUUCGCCCAGAUAGCUGGAUUUUAAAAUUAUCUAAUCAUAAAGUAUUAAUUGUAUUAAUAAUAAUAAUAUAAUUAAAAUAAUUAUAUCUUUAAUUUGAAUCAGUUUAAUGAAUAAAUUGAUUUAAGAAAUUUUAGUUUCUAAAAAUGAAAAAAAAAAUAAUUUCUUAAAUUUAGGGACUCAUACUUGAUUAAGAAAUUUUUUAGAGACUUUAAAUAACGAAAUUAAUUUUGAAAAUAAAUUUGGGGGACCGGGGAUUGAACUCGGGUUCGACGAACGCAAAGGCAAUACCUAACCAACCGAGUUAUACGAGCAACUAUGAUUGGAAAAAAAAUCUUGCUCUUAAGCCACAAGUGAUUUUAUUGGUUUGCGGAAAACGGCGAGAUAAUUUAAAACUGGAUUUUUUGUUUUGACAGUACAUAACCAAACAAAAAUUAUCUUACCCAUCGAAACAAUUCGUGCCGUUUUCUGCAACCAAUAAAAUCACUUGUAGCUUAAGACCAAGAUUUUUUUUUUCAAUCAUAGUUGCUCGUAUAACUCGGUUGGUUAGGUAUUGCAUUUGCGUUCGUCGAACCCGUAUUCGAUCCCCGGUCCCCCAAAUUUAUUUUCAAAAUUAAUUUCGUUAUUUAAAGUCUCUAAAAAAUUGCUUAAUCAAGUAUGAGUCCCUAAUUUAAGAAAUUAUUUUUUUUUGGGUCAUUCCAUUUUAUUUCACCUAUAGUCGUUGCAGCCUAUUUUUAGAAAAAUUUGAUAUUUUGUAUUAAUGACUUUGAGUAUCCGUACAAUUCAUUUUUGACAAUUAUUUUAUGAAAUUUUUUUUAUUUACGUUGAAAUUAAGUUUUUAAGUUGAGUUGCACGGAAAAUAGGUUAGUUUGACAACUUUGGAAAUUUUAUAAAAAAAAACAGAAAUAAUUUAGUUAUUAAAUUUUUUUUUCAUUGAUAUUUGUUUAAAAUAGUCUAAUUUACCAAUGUUAAUUGAUAAUUGUGUAAAAAAGCCAAAAUACUACGUGAAAAUUAAUAUUCAAACUUACCUGUAAAAUGUCAAAAUUUGUCACAUUUUAUUUAUAUUUUCCAAGAGAGUUUAUAAAUAUUAUAAAAUUCAUUACUACCUAACAAUAAGUACUUUCCAUGUGCUUUCACAUGAUAUGUUGGCUUUUUAUUUUUAUAAUAUAGAAAUAUGUGAAAUUUUACCUUGAAUAUUGAACUUUUCAGGAUUUUAUCAGAUUUUAAACACUUAUAUCUUCGCAGGCGAUUAAUGAAAAAAUCCCAUUUUGGUUUUAAAAUUUAAGUUAAAUCUUCUUUAUUCAUCUUAUCAAAAUUUGGUGAUGGAGAACGAGCUACUUUUUAUUUUUAUUCACUUUAAAAAAUCCACCUUAAAAUACGAAUUUGAAGGUUAAAAAACAAGUAUUUUUAUAAAUAAAAUUCAUACAAAUAAAUCUAUAUUGAGAAAACCAACUUCAGUUUUAUAAAAUUACUUGUUUUUAACCUUUAAAUUUGUAUUUUAAGGUGGAUUUUUCAAAGUGAAUAAAAAUAAAAAGUAGCUCAAUGAAAAAAAAUUUACUAACUGAAUUAUUUCUGUUCUUUUUUAUAAAAUUUCCAAAGCUGUCAAACUAACCUAUUUUCCGUUCAACUCAACUUAAAAACUUAAUUUCAACGUAAAUAAAAAAAAAUUUCAUAAAAUAAUUGUCAAAAAUGCAUUGUACGGAUAUUCAAAGUCAUUAAUACGAAAUAUCAAAUUUUUCUAAAAAUAGGCUGCAACGACUAUAGGCGAAAUAAAAUGGAAUGACCCUUUAUCAUUUUUAGAAACUAAAAUUUCUUAAAUCAAUUUAUUCAUUAAACUGAUUCAAAUUAAAGAUAUAAUUAUUUUAAUUAUAUUAUUAUUAUUAAUACAAUUAAUACUUUAUGAUUAGAUAAUUUUAAAAUCCAGCUAUCUGGGCGAACAUUUAACGAAUAUUUUUUUCAAGCUUCAAUCAAGGUUCGAGCUGAACCUUUAACGCAUAUUUAAUUUAAAGCUUUACUCAAGUUUCGAGCCGAACCUUUAACGAAUAUUUAAUUUCAAGCUUCACUCAAGGUUUGCGCUAAACAUUUGCCGAAGUGCGGACAUUUAAAUAUUUACCUUUGUUCUAAAUACUGCGAACAUUGAAAAUAUAUAUUUAUUAAAUCUUCGGUUCUUUGUGGCGGAGUCAUUGAGAUUUAAGAAAGACUGAUUUCCGAUAAAUUUAGUCUAAAAUCAGUCCGAUAUUUUAACCAAGGAUUUUUUGUAUUUUACGGAAAACUGAAUGUUUUUACUUAUAAAAAGUACUUGUAUAUAAAAUAAAUAUUUAUAUCUAUCUGCAAGUGCCCCCUUAAUGUUAAACAGUAAACACAAUUAUUUCUGUUUAUGCAUGUUCAUUAAAGUUAAAGAAAAAGUAAGAACAAAAAAUUGUUUUAAAUCAUUCAUUAUUACAAUAAUUAUUGUAAUCGUAAUGAAAGCGUGACUCCAAUCCAUAUGCCAAUAUUGAUUCUCUUUAUAGUCUGGAUUUUGAAACUAUAAAAGGAUUUUAAAAUAGUGAUGCACUUCGAGCGGAUAUCGUCACAGAAAGAUUUGAAAUACCGAGAUUCUCUCGAAAAAACAAUUGAAUGUAAUAUAUUUUCAUCUUUUUUCUUUUAUGAAAGGACAGAAUCUCGUCGAGAACAAAUCUACUUCUGUUCAUUUUAAUUUACAUUUAAAUUAAAUUUCAAUCCUGUGGGCAAAAAACCAUGUUCUUUCUAAAAACGUUUUAAGGACGUUCUUAGAACGUUUUUAGAACGAACAUGGUUUUUUGCCCACAGGGAAAUUGGUAAAAUAAUAAGAUUUAUAAUACAUACGUUUUAAAUAUACAUUAGUAUUUCAAGUCGUUGCGUUUAGAUUUGUUUGGAGUAGAUUCAAUGUCAUAAUUCAUGUAAGAUUCUUGUCUAAUUAAAAAAAUUUGAUUAAAAAUUUUUUAAAUAUCUAGAAAAUGUAUUUUUUGUAUUAGUUUUAAAAUCGAGGGGACAACAAGCAUGUUUUGGGGUCACUUUUUAAAAAGAUGUCAUAUUAAAAAUGUAACUCAUUCUAAUAGAAUAAAAUAAACGCUCGUUACUGAUGCUA